AUGUCUCAAGCAUCUAAGCUCACCCUACUGGGGACAUCGCUACUCACAGUCGGCACAGUUGUUGCUGUACACUACCAGCAAAAGUUCGAGAAAGCGGCCAUGCACGAGGGCGUUGUCCGCGAUAUGGAACAGCAGCGAGUAAAGCGAGAACGACAAUUGGACUUCGAUAUGCAGAAACAAUUGGAGGCAGAGUACAAGCGCGAACAGACAGUACACGACUCGAUAGCAGCAGCCGAGAAAGGUCUUCCGAAUCAAUAA